GAGAGCGAAGUCCUAUUUCUAACCCCCCCCAAAGAAAAAGAGAAAGAGCGAAGUCCUAUACCAUAUACUCUACGCGGCGGGUGCGGGCUUCUUAAAUUGCAGAGCGUAUUUUAGUAUUUCUUACCUAUCUGAGGACCAAGGGAGGAAGAGCCCUAGUCGCUGCCGUCUGUUCGGAAAGAAAGAAAAGGAAGCCGAAGACGUAGACAGAUGUCUCGACGCGAGGGUCGGGAUUGCGAGGCCAAACGUCUCCAUUCGAAGCGUGAAAGAGAACCCAGAUUUUCUUUUGCUCCUAGUCCAAAGAGAACAAGGAGAGAUGGAAAACCAUUGCCAGAGAGAACACCCAAUAACCAUAAUUUGGACCUUGUGGAUCAUUCAAAUUCGGAUCAAAAGCAUCGCAGGCGGUUGAAGGAUGCCUUACCGCUUGAAGCUCCACCCACUAAGGUUGGGACUGAUAUAGCAGAUAAGGAAAUGGACCUGAAGACCAAUGGACUGCAAUAUGGUGCCAAACAUCUCCCUGAUCCAACUGAAGUUCCCCGGUCUCGGUCCUUUUUUCAGGUUUUGUUUCAGUUCAUGGAAAAUGUACCGUUGCACGAUGAGCGUGGUAGUGCUGGGCAAAGUGGUCGAAGAUUCGGUCGCAGAGCAGCUGCUGAACGUGGAUGGUGGAGUGAUCCAAAGGAUCAGUCUGAUGACAGGAUGAAUGACAAACUGGAGCCAAAUGGCAUGCAUCAAAAAGAUGGGAGGACCCAGGCUCAUGUAGACAAGAACAGUGUUUGGCGCCAUGAUGGGUUCUUCGAGUUAGAGGCGGAGCCACCAGCUCCUUCAAAGAAAAGGCCUGCAUUUAGGGAGAAAAAGAUGCCACCAGACAGUGACACUGCAGGCAGUGUAAAAGCAACUGAAUCUGUUAAACAGAACCUUCUUGAUUGUAGGGAGUCUGGUGGUGAACGAAAAGAGGAAAGAGGGGGUUUCUCUCGCCGUGAUUUGGACAGGACUGAGAGGUCAUGCCCAGGAGAUAUGGAACCAAUCCACAGGGGUGAAAGGGUUGUCCCUCCAAGGGAGAGGUUCCGAGGCAGUGGUAGCUUUAGGGGGAGAGACAAAUUCAGUGGACGACAUGGAGAAAAGAUUCAGUACCAUUCGAAUAGUUUCCGUGCGGAGAAGUGGAAGCAUGAUCUAUUUGAUGAAGCCAAUAGAAGCCCAACCCCAAAGAAUGAAGAGGAUCAGAUUGCAAAGGUUGAAGCACUCUUGGCCUUGUAGAAUUAGUUGCCUGGUAGGUUCUAAAUUUGGAGAUGCUAAUUGUUAUUGCCUAUUUUGUUCUUAUCCUCGGUGGGGACAUUGUAGAGAUCUUCAGGUCUUCCUCUUAGUUUUGGAAUUGCCAUUGUAACCUUCCAGAUGAAGUGUCAAGUGGAUUUUUUCUUUUUGUUUGCUUCAGUUUGCUGAGGACAUGUAGUUAUACUUUUUAAAAUUCCUAAAAGAGUUCUCUCGCAGAAACAGCUGCGGCUGCUUCCUUCGGUGCCCA